AUGAAAGUGACACAGAUUCUGUUGGUUCUUGUUUGGUUCUUCUGCAUUUAUGCCUCUACUUCGUUUUCCGCAAAUGUCACUUACGACCAUAGAGCAUUGGUCAUUGAUGGAAAGCGCCGAGUCUUGGUAUCUGGUUCUAUACAUUACCCUCGUAGCACUCCAGAGAUGUGGCCAGACAUCAUUCAAAAGUCCAAAGAUGGAGGACUUGAUGUGAUUGAGACUUACGUUUUCUGGAACUUACACGAACCAGUUCAAGGCCAGUACAAUUUUGAAGGUAGGGCAGAUUUGGUUAAAUUUGUGAAGACAGUAGCAGCAGCAGGUCUAUAUGUGCACCUCCGGAUUGGUCCAUACGCAUGUGCUGAAUGGAACUACGGUGGUUUCCCUCUUUGGCUACAUUUUAUUCCGGGAAUUCAGUUCCGAACUGAUAACAAACCAUUCGAGGCAGAAAUGCAGCGGUUCACUGCUAAGAUCGUGGAUAUGAUGAAGAAAGAGAACCUCUAUGCAUCACAGGGAGGACCAAUUAUUUUGUCUCAGGUCGAAAAUGAAUAUGGAAACAUUGAUGCGGCCUAUGGUUCUGCUGCUAAAUCCUACAUCAAAUGGGCAGCAUCAAUGGCAACAUCUUUUGAUACAGGGGUUCCUUGGGUAAUGUGCCAACAGGAUGAUGCUCCUGACCCAAUUAUCAACACGUGCAAUGGAUUUUACUGUGAUCAAUUCAAACCAAACUCUCUCUCAAAACCAAAAAUGUGGACUGAGAACUGGAGUGGAUGGUUUCUUUCAUUUGGUGGUGCUGUGCCUUACAGACCAGUGGAAGAUCUUGCUUUUGCUGUGGCGCGCUUUUACCAGCUAGGUGGAACUUUUCAGAAUUACUAUAUGUACCAUGGAGGGACUAAUUUUGGCCGAAGUGCUGGUGGACCUUUCAUUUCUACUAGUUAUGAUUAUGAUGCUCCAAUUGAUGAGUAUGGAACUAUUAGACAGCCUAAGUGGGGUCACCUUAAAGACUUGCAUAAGGCCAUUAAACUUUGUGAAGAAGCACUGACAGCUACUGAUCCAACGAUUACAUCUCUUGGACCAAAUAUAGAGGCUGCAGUUUACAAGACAGGAUCUGCCUGUGCUGCCUUCCUUGCCAACAACGAUGACACAUCUGAUGCAAAUGUGACCUUCAAUGGAAAUUCAUAUGACCUUCCCGCGUGGUCUGUCAGCAUCUUACCAGACUGCAGGAAUGUAGUGCUUAAUACUGCAAAGAUUAGUUCUGUAUCUACAAUUUCAAGCUUCACAACUGAACCUUUAAAAGAAGAGAUUGGUUCUUCGGAUGAUUCUUGCUCAGGAUGGAGUUGGAUUAGUGAACCUGUUGGCAUUUCAAAGGCUGAUUCAUUCUCAAAAUUUGGGCUACUGGAGCAAGUAAACACAACUGGUGAUAGAAGUGAUUACUUGUGGUACUCAUUAAGCAUCGAUCUUGAUGCUGUUACUCAAACUGUCCUUCACAUUGAAUCCCUUGGUCAUGCUCUUCAUGCUUUCAUAAAUGGGAAGCUUGCAGGCAGUGGAACGGGAAACAAAGUCAAAGUAGACAUCCCCGUCCCACUAGUGGCUGGGAAGAACACAAUUGAUUUACUGAGUUUAACUGUUGGGCUCAAGAACUACGGAGCAUUUUUUGACACAGCGGGUGCAGGAAUCACUGGCCCUGUGAUACUGAAAAGUUUGGCCAAUGGUAGCUCUCUUGAUCUGUCCUCCCAGAAUUGGACAUAUCAGAUAGGUCUUAAAGGUGAAGAUUUGGGGCCAUCUAGUGGCAGUUCUGGCCAGUGGAAUUCACAAUCUACUUUACCGACAAACCAAACAUUGAUUUGGUACAAGACAAACUUUGCUUCCCCCUCUGGUAGUAAUCCAGUUGCAAUUAACUUGACGGGGAUGGGAAAAGGUGAGGCUUGGGUGAAUGGACAGAGCAUUGGGAGAUACUGGCCUACAAAUGCUUCUCCAAAUGAUGGUUGUACUAAUUCCUGCAAUUAUAGAGGAGCCUAUCAAGCAUCCAAAUGUCUCAAGAACUGUGGAAAGCCAUCACAAACAUUAUACCAUGUACCACGAUCAUGGUUACAACCUGAAAGCAACACACUUGUUUUGUUUGAGGAAAUUGGAGGCAACCCUGAGCAAAUCACUUUUGCUACAAAACAGAUUGCAAGUGUGUGUUCUCAUGUAUCUGAAUCUCACCCUCCUCAUGUAGACUUGUGGAAUUCAGAUGCAGAAUCAGGAAGAACAGUAGGGCCUGUACUGUUACUGGAAUGCCCUUAUCCUAAUCAGGUGAUCUCCUCCAUUAAAUUUGCAAGUUUUGGAACACCUCAAGGGACUUGUGGAAACUUUAAACAUGGAAACUGCAGUAGCAAUAAGGCUCUAUCCGUUGUGCAGAAGGGCUGCAUUGGAUCAAGCAGUUGUAGAAUUGAACUAUCAAUUAAUACGUUCGGAGAUCCAUGUAAAGGAGUGGCAAAGAGUUUAGCUGUUGAAGCUUCUUGUGCAUAGACAUGAUGCUUCAAGCCCACUUAUUAGUCUGUAUUUGGCUUAAUAACACUCUGCACACUCUCACAGGUCUCGUAGACUCAUGGUUAGAAAUUAUUCUUCAUUAUUUAAAUGUUAAAUGGCUUUGUGGUAGUGAACU